UUAGUCCUUUUCUUGUGGUUGGUUGGUAAAUGGUAAGUAGGUUGGUUCAUGGUUGGUAUACUAAGUUUUGGCAAAAUCGCAAAUUGAGGGUAAAGUAAUUUUCUUGAUCGCUACUUUGUACUGGUAGUAGUAGUUGAAGGUAGAUUAGAUAGGAGAAUGGGGGGAUUGGACGAGGACGAGGACUGCUACCACCGCCGCCACGAAGCAUCAUCCGUGGGUAGUUGUAGUAUCGCCAUCCCGCCGCUUCAAACCCUCGAUGAUGGCAGCCGAAGCAAUGGAGUAGAAAUCAUCUCCUUCUCCGAUGUGGUGGACGAUGCCACCCUCCACUUUCACAUCAUCCGUCUUCACCGGCAGAUAUACGCCUGGAUCGGUUGCAACUCUGCAAAAUUUGGACAUUUAUAUGCUGCUGCUCCUACACGUCCCAGCAAUGCUGUUAGUGUUACUUCUUUAAUUGGAGGAUCUUCUGACAACGCUGGAGCUGGUAUUGCCCGUCGAAUAGUUCUCAAGACUGGUCUUAACGUUGUAUUGGCUUGUAAUCUUCCAAAGAAUAGUCCCUUGCUUGAGGCUGCUGCUGAGAGAAGGUUGGUGCAAAAGCUUGUCAGCCUGGGUUACGCGACACCUAAAUCUGGAGUAUCAUCCUCAACACAAGAGGGCUAACAUUGGCAUCCUCUGGGCAAGUUUUCUCCAGAAGAGAGUUUUCGAGAAACAACAUUUAAGAGGUCUUGACCUGAAUGUGUGCUGACGAAGCUUCUAUUCUGCAUUCGUCACAUUCAUUUCUUAUCAUACAUACGAGCGACAUACAUAACAAAGUCUAUACAAUCAUUUGCAUAUGGCAUGAAACUCACUCAUUCCCUCUACUCUCACAAUAUUGUGUGCAUUGCCUGCAGCUUAUUUUAUCUUAUAUGAUCUUAGUUUCCCGAUAGGGUGUUCUAGAAGUUAUUAUCUUCCUAGAGUGCAUCAGCCAUCCCAUGCACAGUCACUUCUGCUUCUAUGGUGCACCUGUCAUACCUCAGAAGACCAUUGUUUGACUGGUUGAAGUAACUCAGUGAAACAAAUCUUGGCCAACCGGAAACGGGGUUUGAUGCACUGAACCAAUGCUUAGCUGCAAAGAAGGUAGGAUCUUAUUCAGUUAUUAAACAUUUAAUUCAAGGGAAAAGACUUGUAGGACUGGCGUAAUCUCCAGCCAGUGUUAAAGGAGAGAAAAACCUAUUUUGUAGUGUGAGUUUGAGGAGGAGUACGUACCUUUACCAAGGUAAUGUUUUCCUUGUAUUUGGUCUAGUAUACGCAGUGCAAACUCUACAUAUAUUUGAUUACCAGGGGAGAGGCUCGUAGGAUCAUCUAAAGCUAGGUAUAAAGAUACUAGAGUAUUUCUGGCUGUGCCUUGCACAGCCAAUGCCCAAGGUAUUGUGUAAAAAAUAUUGAAAUGUGUUUUUUUAACAGGAGAGAAUCAAAGCUGAAUAUCUUCAGGUAUAGUGAGCUAUAUGAGGAUGGAAACAGAAGAAAAUAAUAGAUCGAAAGGCAAAUAUUCCUGUACAAUAAAUAUUGAACAAUAUUAAUCAUUAAUUCUUUCAAAUAAAAAUUAUCCCUGUUUACUCAUUUGUAAGGUCUAGAAAGAAAUGCUUACUCUUUUGUUUUCAAUACAUAGCAAUCUAUCGAUUAGUUGGUUCUAUUAUAGUCAUAUAAAGCAUAGUUAAUAAGUGAAAGCAAACAAACUUACGAUUGGAAAAGUAUGAUUAACAGGUGAAAGACAACAAAACUCAGGCGUAAAAAUUGUAGCAUAUAGAAAAGGAAUGUAAAGAACUACUGUACAUAUUAUUCAUUGCUAGAGAGACUUAUAUGACAUACUCUAUCAAAAGAUAUUGGAGUAGUGGACUCUAAUACUGCGUUUUCAGCUCAUGAAGUUAUGAUUGACAACUUUGUGGCUAUGCUAAUAGCAGUCAUUAGCAGGUGAAGGAGGUCCUAGUAAGUGUAAGUCAUAGAAUGCAUUGCUCUAUAAAAAAAUAUUGAAGCAAUAGAUUCUAAGACUACAAUUUAGCCAUGAUAGACCUACACACUGGAAUGCUAAAUUCUUCUCUAGCAAUAUCAAAAGGUUUUAGUAAGAGUUGUGGGAGGUCAAUUGCCUUCUUGCUGUUUUGGUUUCUUUGUUGGGCUGGCAGCAGUUUUGUCGAUUGAGGUGGCAUUUGGUGAGGCUGAGGUAGCAGUGUCUUCAAGUGUUUUGUGUAUUUCUGUUCCAACAGUUGGUGCAGGUAUUUGGUGACCUUCUAGUUCGGUCAAUGUGAGGGCUCUUUUUGUGGCUGUUGAUUCAGUCAUGGAGCUUCUUUUAGUAGCAGUGGAUUCAGCUAUUUCUUGAAGCAGCAAUUUAGCCCUUGGUGUGAACGUUUGUUCGUCUGCAAUCUGCUUUUGCUUGGUGUUUGAUGGUGUUGUACUCGGUGAAGCUUGAAGAGUUGUUGGUGAAUCUUGUAGAGGCAGUGGUAUGUUUGGAACUUCAGCUGCUGUGUAGGCUUUGAUGAUUGCAUUUCUUCUUUGUGGCAGUCCUUGAAAAGUUGUCUCAUAUGUUUUGAUGAAGCAAAUCAGCUUGUGCUUUUUCAUGAUGGUAGAAAGUUCUUGAUUCAUUGUUAUUCCCUGAGAUGAUAAGAAUGAAUGUGAGUGUUUAUAUAUUAGUAUUUUUGUAUAUAAAUGUUGAAGGUAGAUUUGAAGGGUAAGUGUGCUACUAUACAUGUGCCUCUGCAUCCUUCAGUUCGGCAGCAGUGAAUUGUAUCAGUCUUUCAGCUUGUUUUCCAGAUAUUAAGCAUUGAAUGCUUGCAGUUGAAUCAGUGAGUGUUAUUCCAAUGCGACACCUUCAGUGAAAUGUGAGAGUUUUAGUUUAUUGUAAAAUGUAGAGUAUGAAAAACUUGUUUUUAGACAGGGUAAAUAGGAAAGAAUACCUUAGCUCUACUUCAGCUUCUUCUUUGCAUGAUGAACAUUUUAUGAUCCAAUCUGUGUCUGCUUCAACAGUCUUCAAGCAAUUUGAGCAUGCAGUGUACCAAAAAUGAGUUUGGCCAAAUGAUAAUUGUGCUGUACCAGUUAUCCAUGCUGUUUUUUGCUGGAAAUGAAUUGAAACUUUAGUGUAUUAUUAUUCGACUUUCUGCAAAGCUGAAGUGUACAAUGAUAAUGCUGAUUGGUUAGGAAAAAGGGUGUAGUAUUCUUACAGUUCCGAAUGAGAUUAACGCAUCAUGAAUAUUCUUAAUGUCCCCUUCAUUUGGUAGUGGAAGCAGCAAUUCUGGAUCUUUAUAUGCUUUUGUUUCGAAUAAAGUCUUAACUUCAUCUUUAUGGAUGCUAUACCAUUCAUGAAGUAUGAAUUCAUCAUGGAGUGGUGGGUUGAUGAGAAUGGAUGACAAUCCUAUUGUUGUUAAUGACAGAGCUGUUUAACCAAAGAAUUAAAUGUUUUAUAUGUAAGAAGUAUAAGUGACAUGCAAUGAGUGUAUAAUGGAUUUAUAGAGUAAGGGACUUACUGUUGAAAGUAGAGACUUUCACUCUCAUAGCAAAGAUCAUAGGAAUAGUUGCAAUGAUGUGUGCAAGGAUGUUGCCCUCAUAUUCUUGGAAUUCAUUCCAUAGGGUGAGAAGCAUCAAUUUUUUCCUUUGAACAGAAAGGAUUCAAUAAAAAGGAUGAUGUUAAGUAAUAAUUUAUAUGCUAAAUAAUAGACAGAAUUGAAAUUUCUCACUCUUCAUUUCAAUCACAAAGUCUCUUGUGAUUGAGUCCGGGGUUGUUUCUUUUUGGGGGAAAGCAUGUAUGACCAAUGCUUUGACACCUACAAUUUGAAGUAGCUAGUUAAAGAUGAAAGUAUCUAAGAAUGUAAUAUUGGAUAGAAUUGUGCAGAGAUAUGUGUUUUUUUUUUAUAACACUUACUUAUCAAAGAAAUCUCAGAUUCUGCAUGUUUAUGUGCAUCAGAAAAGCUGUCAAAGGUGAAAGGACAUGGAAGCAUCGGAGGAAUUGGUUCGAGGUAGCGCUCAAUCAAAGUUGAGUAAUGAAGGACCCAAGAGUAGGGAUAUUCACUGACUUUGUAUGUAGGAAUAGCAGUGAUAACAGUUGCACCAGAGAUGUAGUAUCGUUGGUAUGGAACCAACAAAUUUCUGAACAAUCGGAUGCAAUUUUCAUAGGUUGCUGCAGAAACUUUAGUUCCCUGUUUUUAACAAAGUGACUAUAUUGAAUGAGUAUUUAAGAGACUAAAAGUGAGUAAAGUUGUAUAAAUGUAUGUAAGACUUCAUGAAUUAGAAUAAGUAGUGGGAGGAAGGAACUUUUAGAGAUUUUGUGGUAGAUAAUGGGAUUAUGGAAGGAAAGUCUAGUUUGUCAUAGUAUCAGUGCAUAGUUAAUUUUAAAUGUUGAGUGUUUGUAUAUCGUGGAAUCUUCAGUUUUUAAGAAUAGUAUUGCAUAUUGAACUUUGAAUGAUAA